AAUAAGUCAAAUUUAGUUGGCUCAUCUCAUGCAAUUGCUGUGAUACUUUCGUGCAAUUUCAUAUCCAAGCAUAUGAGUAACAAUGUGACAAUGGAAAAUUAAACGGAUUCAUUACAACUGAUUUUAUUUUAAAUAAUUUCGUAAGUUUCACUUCAUAGUAGCAAGUUGGUAAGCGAACAUGGACAGCGAAAACAAAUUUCAAAGACAACAGCAUCCAAGAAAUAAGGCAAAUUUAUUUGCUAUUGCCACUUUUAGUUGGUUGAUCCCCAUAUUCAUAAAAGGAUUCAAGAAGGACCUGCAGGAGGAAGACCUGUUUGAGCCUUUGGAAGACCAUGAGUCCAGUCGUUUGGGGGAUGUUUUAGAGGCGGCGUGGAAGAGAGAAAAAUUAAAAGAAAGUCCAUCCCUUUGGCGCGCUUUAAUACGAGUUUUCGGUUUGAGGGUAGCUCUUCUUGGUUGCGUUUUGUUUUUCAUUGAAGUUGUGGUGAAAAUAGCACAGCCUCUGGCGUUGGGUCAACUGAUCAUGUAUUAUACAUCGCCAGAUUCAAAUCUUACCAAGACUGACGCUUACAUUUAUGCGGGAAUAAUUGUAGGAGGUUCAUUACUAAAUGUCAUUAUCGCCCAUUUGUAUAUGUUAGGGAAUCAACACUUGGGGAUGCAAAUUCGCGUUGCUUGCUGUUCCCUGAUCUACAGGAAGGCGUUAAAAUUGAGCAAAACGGCCCUGAAAGAGACCACCAUUGGACAGAUGGUUAAUUUACUGUCUAACGACGUCAGCAGAUUCGAUUCUGCAAUGAACCACAUCCAUAGCCUUUGGGUUUCCCCUAUAGAAACGACAAUAAUUGUUAUUAUAAUUUAUUUCCACUUGGGUUUUACUGCCACUCUAGGAUCAAUAUUCUUGAUUUUGUUCAUUCCUGUUCAAAUGUUCCUUGGCAAAAAGUCAUCCGUUUACCGAUUGGCGACAGCUUUCAGAACUGACGAAAGAGUGAGACUGAUGGAUGAAAUAAUAUCUGGAAUUCAAGUAAUUAAAAUGUACACGUGGGAAAAACCGUUUGUUAAAUUGGUAUCGAAUGUGAGAAAGAGAGAAGUAAAGCAAAUAUUGUCCGCGUCUUACAUCCGGGGAUUCAUGCUAUCUCUGAAAAUAUUUGCCGUUAGGUUUUCUAUUUUCCUUUGCGUCCUUGCCUAUUCGUUAUCGGACAAUUACGUUAGUGCACAAUACGUUUUCGUUUUGACCUCGUAUUACAACAUAUUGAGGGCAACGCUCGUUCUGCAGUUUCCCAGCGGUAUAACUGAAUUCGCCGAGUCCGCCGUUUCCAUAAAAAGAGUCAAAACGUUUCUGUUGUACGAAGAAAAGGAAACUCAGGACGACGUGUACAAAUUCUCCGAUGACAAUACGGGAAGACCUUUCGAAAACGGAAAACUAGACUUAAGUAAAAGUAACUCGAACGAAACCCACAACGUGUCGAUAAAAAUAAAAGGAGCGUACGCAAAAUGGUCCAGCAACGAGAGCGAUUCGACUUUGAGUAACAUCAACUUAGAGAUACAAGACCAUAGUCUCGUAGCUAUAGUAGGACAAGUCGGUAGCGGAAAAACGAGUCUUCUGCACUUGAUACUAAGGGAACUCCCCAUUUCAGAAGGUUCCUUACAAGUCCACGGAAAAAUCUCGUACUCAUCGCAAGAACCCUGGCUAUUCUCAGGGUCCAUAAGGCAAAACAUUCUCUUCGGCAGCAGCUUUGACUCAGAAAGAUACGAAAAUGUUGUAAGGGUUUGCGCAUUAGAAAGGGAUUUUACGCUCUUCCCGUACGGCGACAGGACUAUUGUAGGAGAAAGGGGGACCACCCUAAGCGGAGGCCAAAGGGCUCGAAUAAACCUGGCAAGAGCCGUUUAUAGACAAGCCGACAUUUAUCUAUUGGACGACCCACUAUCAGCAGUUGAUACGCACGUCGGCAAGUUUCUUUUCGAAGAAUGCAUUAUGAAGUUCCUUAAAGGGAAACUGGUUAUUCUUGUGACCCAUCAACUCCAGUAUUUGCACAGUGCAGGCAGGAUCAUUGUCCUGGACGCAGGACAAAUGGUACAGGAUGGAAACUACAACGAUCUGAAGACGGACAGGUUUCAAUUUUUGAAGGAAUUGGACGGCAACGAUGAAAACGAAAACGAGCAAGAUUUUUACGAAGAAGAACUACCCGUUAAAAAGUCAAAAAGCAAAAGCGUCGAAGAGCUAGUUCCGACACUGCAAAGCGAAUCAAAAGCUUCAGGCAAUGUAUCGAAAACGGUCUAUUGGUCCUAUUUAAGAGCUGGCGGCUCAUGGAUCGCAGUAUUCUUUAUUUUUAUGUUAUUUAUUUUAAGUCAAGCAGCCGUUAGUGGAGGAGACUACUUCAUAAGUUUUUGGACAAACAUAGAGCAGGACAUGAGUUCGCAUAAAGACAACGGGAACGUGGAUGGAACAACUUAUUUUAUUAGAGAANGGACAAAUUAUUUAGGAGAAAACAGAAGAACCAUUUUGAAAUUGCUUUUUUAUUUUUUUUUUAGUUGGUUGAUCCCCAUAUUCAUAAAAGGAUUCAAGAAGGACCUGCAGGAGGAAGACCUGUUUGAGCCUUUGGAAGACCAUGAGUCCAGUCGUUUGGGGGAUGUUUUAGAGGCGGCGUGGAAGAGAGAAAAAUUAAAAGAAAGUCCAUCCCUUUGGCGCGCUUUAAUACGAGUUUUCGGUUUGAGGGUAGCUCUUCUUGGUUGCGUUUUGUUUUUCAUUGAAGUUGUGGUGAAAAUAGCACAGCCUCUGGCGUUGGGUCAACUGAUCAUGUAUUAUACAUCGCCAGAUUCAAAUCUUACCAAGACUGACGCUUACAUUUAUGCGGGAAUAAUUGUAGGAGGUUCAUUACUAAAUGUCAUUAUCGCCCAUUUGUAUAUGUUAGGGAAUCAACACUUGGGGAUGCAAAUUCGCGUUGCUUGCUGUUCCCUGAUCUACAGGAAGGCGUUAAAAUUGAGCAAAACGGCCCUGAAAGAGACCACCAUUGGACAGAUGGUUAAUUUACUGUCUAACGACGUCAGCAGAUUCGAUUCUGCAAUGAACCACAUCCAUAGCCUUUGGGUUUCCCCUAUAGAAACGACAAUAAUUGUUAUUAUAAUUUAUUUCCACUUGGGUUUUACUGCCACUCUAGGAUCAAUAUUCUUGAUUUUGUUCAUUCCUGUUCAAAUGUUCCUUGGCAAAAAGUCAUCCGUUUACCGAUUGGCGACAGCUUUCAGAACUGACGAAAGAGUGAGACUGAUGGAUGAAAUAAUAUCUGGAAUUCAAGUAAUUAAAAUGUACACGUGGGAAAAACCGUUUGUUAAAUUGGUAUCGAAUGUGAGAAAGAGAGAAGUAAAGCAAAUAUUGUCCGCGUCUUACAUCCGGGGAUUCAUGCUAUCUCUGAAAAUAUUUGCCGUUAGGUUUUCUAUUUUCCUUUGCGUCCUUGCCUAUUCGUUAUCGGACAAUUACGUUAGUGCACAAUACGUUUUCGUUUUGACCUCGUAUUACAACAUAUUGAGGGCAACGCUCGUUCUGCAGUUUCCCAGCGGUAUAACUGAAUUCGCCGAGUCCGCCGUUUCCAUAAAAAGAGUCAAAACGUUUCUGUUGUACGAAGAAAAGGAAACUCAGGACGACGUGUACAAAUUCUCCGAUGACAAUACGGGAAGACCUUUCGAAAACGGAAAACUAGACUUAAGUAAAAGUAACUCGAACGAAACCCACAACGUGUCGAUAAAAAUAAAAGGAGCGUACGCAAAAUGGUCCAGCAACGAGAGCGAUUCGACUUUGAGUAACAUCAACUUAGAGAUACAAGACCAUAGUCUCGUAGCUAUAGUAGGACAAGUCGGUAGCGGAAAAACGAGUCUUCUGCACUUGAUACUAAGGGAACUCCCCAUUUCAGAAGGUUCCUUACAAGUCCACGGAAAAAUCUCGUACUCAUCGCAAGAACCCUGGCUAUUCUCAGGGUCCAUAAGGCAAAACAUUCUCUUCGGCAGCAGCUUUGACUCAGAAAGAUACGAAAAUGUUGUAAGGGUUUGCGCAUUAGAAAGGGAUUUUACGCUCUUCCCGUACGGCGACAGGACUAUUGUAGGAGAAAGGGGGACCACCCUAAGCGGAGGCCAAAGGGCUCGAAUAAACCUGGCAAGAGCCGUUUAUAGACAAGCCGACAUUUAUCUAUUGGACGACCCACUAUCAGCAGUUGAUACGCACGUCGGCAAGUUUCUUUUCGAAGAAUGCAUUAUGAAGUUCCUUAAAGGGAAACUGGUUAUUCUUGUGACCCAUCAACUCCAGUAUUUGCACAGUGCAGGCAGGAUCAUUGUCCUGGACGCAGGACAAAUGGUACAGGAUGGAAACUACAACGAUCUGAAGACGGACAGGUUUCAAUUUUUGAAGGAAUUGGACGGCAACGAUGAAAACGAAAACGAGCAAGAUUUUUACGAAGAAGAACUACCCGUUAAAAAGUCAAAAAGCAAAAGCGUCGAAGAGCUAGUUCCGACACUGCAAAGCGAAUCAAAAGCUUCAGGCAAUGUAUCGAAAACGGUCUAUUGGUCCUAUUUAAGAGCUGGCGGCUCAUGGAUCGCAGUAUUCUUUAUUUUUAUGUUAUUUAUUUUAAGUCAAGCAGCCGUUAGUGGAGGAGACUACUUCAUAAGUUUUUGGACAAACAUAGAGCAGGACAUGAGUUCGCAUAAAGACAACGGGAACGUGGAUGGAACAACUUAUUUUAUUAGAGAACACGGCAUCUACGUGUACACGGCAAUUGUAGCCCUAAAUAUAACGAUUACAUUAUCAAGAUCGUUCCUGUUUUACAAGUUUUGCAUGAAGGCUUCCCAGAACAUCCAUAACACCAUGUUUGCGCAUAUAGUGUAUGCAACUAUGAGAUUUUUCAACGUGAAUCCUUCGGGAAGGAUCCUCAAUCGAUUCUCAAAGGAUAUGGGGAGCGUGGACGAAAUUCUUCCUGGCGUUCUUAUCGAUAGUUUACAAAUAGGUCUUAGCGUUUUAGGUGUAACGGUUGUAGUGUGUAUCGUCAACGUUUGGAUGAUAAUAGUAUCAUGUAUGGUGUUUGUUUUGUUUUAUGUACUGAGAGUUGUAUUCUUGGCAACAAGUAGAAGUAUCAAGCGACUGGAAGGAGUUACUAGAAGUCCAGUCUUUACCCAUUUAAACGCCUCUUUACAAGGACUUACGACAAUAAGGGCCUUCAGGGCAGAAGAGAUUUUAAGAAAGGAAUUCGAUAGGCAUCAAAACCUACACAGCGCUUCCUGGUACUUAUUCUUGGCUUGUUCCAGAGCUUUUGGAUACUGGCUGGAUCUGGUUUGUGUCCUUUAUAUUGCAUCCGUUACCUUCAGUUUCUUGUUGAUGUCCGAUGAUCAGUAUGGUGGGAACGUGGGUUUAGCCAUAACUCAGGUGAUAAGUUUAACAGGAAUGUUACAAUGGGGAAUGAGACAGUGGAGUGAACUGGAAAAUCAAAUGACGUCGGUUGAAAGAGUUGUAGAAUACACACAAAUAGAGACAGAGCCCGAGAGAACGGAAGUAAUACCCCCACCCGUCUGGCCAGAAAAUGGAAAUAUACAAUUUAAGUCAGUUUUUCUCAAAUAUUCCUCUCGUAGUCCUUAUGUACUUAAAAACUUAAACUUUACCAUAAAUCCACAAGAAAAAGUUGGAAUAGUUGGGAGAACAGGAGCCGGAAAGAGUUCCCUUAUCACAGCUCUAUUCCAAUUAUGCGAAAUCGAAGGUGAAAUUCUUAUCGACGAUUUGCAAAUAACCAAAAUACCUCUCGAUAAAUUGCGUUGCAAGAUAUCAAUUAUUCCCCAAGAACCUGUUCUUUUCUCUGGAACACUUCGCAAGAAUCUAGAUCCGUUUGAAGAGUACUCCGACGAGACGUUGUGGACCGCUCUUGAACAAGUUCAGCUAAAACAGGUGGUUUCUGAAUUGAAUCUCGGUUUGAAUACAAAAAUGUCCGAAGGAGGGUCCAAUUUCAGUGUUGGCCAAAGGCAGCUGGUCUGUCUAGCCCGAGCAGUUAUAAGAGAUAAUAAAAUAUUGAUUUUGGACGAAGCCACGGCAAACGUCGACCACCAGACUGAUAAAUUAAUUCAGGAAACUAUUCGGAAACAAUUUAUUAAUUGCACAGUAUUAACGAUAGCGCAUAGAUUACAUACAGUCAUGGAUUCAGACAAGGUGCUGGUUUUGGAUGCUGGGGAGAUCAAGGAGUUCGACAGUCCUUAUAAUUUACUACAAAAUUCAAACGGAUUCUUUUACAGUCUCGUUCAAAACACGGGGAGUUCCAUGAUGGAGAAUUUAAUGAAAAUAGCGCGGGAGGCACACGAAAAGUCAGCGUAAACAACGAAUUGAUAAGUAGCGUCCUUAGGGACAAGUUCUUUUAUUCUUUCCUAAGCUCGUUUCAAUAUACCUACAAAAACUGUGAUAUAUGUAUCUUAUUUCAUAGUGUGUAAUGGGCUUGGUAACUUGGAACAUAUUUUUUAAUGUACUUACAGAUAUAAUCAAUAAAGACAUAGGUGCAUAGAACGAAUAAAUACGAAAUGUAUAA